CGAUAUGACUCGCGCGCGCGCGAGAGAGAGAGAGAGAGAGAGAGAGAGAGAGAGAGAGAGAGAGAGAGAGAGAGAGAGAGAGAGAGAGAGAGAGAGAGAGAGAGAGAGAGAGAGAGGAGAGAGAGAGAGAGAGAGAGAGAGAGAGAGGAGAGAGAGAGAGAGAGAGAGGGAGAGAGAGAGAGAGAGAGAGAGAGAGAGAGAGAGAGAGAGAGAGAGAGAGAGAGUGAGAGAGAGAGAGAGAGAGAGAGAGAGAGACCGAGAGAAAUGGGUGAGUGAGAGAAUGAGAGAAUAUGAGAAUGAGAGAGUGGGUGAACGGGAGAAGAAGACAAUGAGAGAAUCCGAGAAUCAGAGAAUGAUAGAAUGCGUGAGUGGGAGAAUGAGAGAGUGGGCGAAUGGGAGAAUGAGUGAACGAAGAUAUUAGAGAAUGAAUGAAUAAGAGAAUG